AUGUCACAGGAGACGAAGCGAAAGCUUCAGGAGUUCUGGGAAAGAUACUCUUACCUCGUCAUCGAUGAAUACUCGAUGAUAUCGAAAGUAUUCUUGGCCAAGCUGUCAGCACACGUCGCCAUUGGCAAGAACGCACUUACCAAAGGAUCAUUCGGCGGUAUAAGCCCUGCAAAUCGACUCUACCACCCUCGACACGCAACGGAUAACUUGUGGAUGGUGGAGGGCAGAAACAUCUACGAGGAGUUCACCGAUGUCAUCAUCCUGCGAGAGCAGAUGCGAGUCGUGGACAACGAGUGGCGGACCUUCCUCUCAAGGCUACGGCGAGGCGAUGUGGCGGAGCAAGACUUGACGAUGCUAGACGAGCUUCCUUUCUUGAUAACGCCUCGUCAUUCAGUGCGCAAGGAGUGGAACGAAGCGGCCAUGCGAGCACACUGCGCGUCUACCCGACGGACGCUAUACGUCUGCCGAGCCCAAGAUACCACCUCGAAGGGACGGUCGUUGACUCUUGCGGAACGUCUGGCUCUCGUUCAGCGAUCAAGCGGCAGCAGAAAGUCAGCAUCGAAAGACCUACCGCGGGAGAUCCAGGUAGCAGUAGGAGCACAGGUCAUGGUCACCGAGAACAUUGACACAGAUCUUGACAUCGCCAACGGAGCUCGCGGCCAAAUCGUGGGCAUAGUGUUCAAUCCUGCAGAGCCACAACACACCGACGACAGUGUUGUUCACCUACGGUAUCUGCCCGCAUAUGUCCUCGUCAAGCUUGAGCGGACUCGG